AUACGGGGAGAGAAACUCGUCGAGGUCGUGAUCUCAGCUCCAUCCGGCGGAAGACACCGCUAGAAUGGGUGUUUUUCAUCCAAGUGGACUUUCUAUCAGUUUUGGCCGAUUUUGAUAUAAAAAACACUCGCACACUCCCAUCAUCGACGCCCCGCUAGCUACCGUUACUUCUCGCUGCUGAGCUGCUGCUGGUGUCGCGGCGGUCAACCUCAGACGAGGGAUAUAUAAGGAUUCUUAUUGGGAGCCGGUCCUGAGCUGCAAUCAUGUCUGGGGCGUCUGUCAAAGUCGCCGUUCGAGUUCGGCCCUUCAACUCCAGGGAGACGGGCAAGGAUUCAAAAUGUAUAAUUCAGAUGCAAGGCAACACCACAACUAUUCUCAACCCCAAAGCCCCAAAGGAACCAGCAAAGACGUUCAGUUUCGAUUACUCCUACUGGUCACACACUACGCCCGAAGACCCCAGCUUUGCGUCACAGAACCGCGUGUUCAACGAUAUUGGCAAAGAAAUGCUGCAGCACGCUUUUGAGGGCUACAAUGUUUGCAUCUUUGCUUAUGGCCAGACAGGAUCUGGCAAAUCCUACACAAUGAUGGGCAAGCAGGAGGAGGGCCAGGAAGGAAUCAUUCCCAUGCUUUGUGAAGAUCUAUUUGAUAAAAUCAAUGACAGCAACAACAAAGAAGAGCUCUCUUACUCAGUGGAGGUCAGUUACAUGGAGAUCUACUGUGAACGGGUACGAGACUUGCUCAAUCCCAAAAACAAAGGGAACUUACGGGUGCGAGAACACCCUCUGCUUGGCCCCUACGUGGAGGACCUGUCCAAGCUAGCCGUCACCUCCUACACAGACAUCGCUGACCUGAUGGAUGCAGGCAACAAGGCCAGAACUGUGGCCGCCACCAACAUGAAUGAAACCAGCAGCAGGUCCCACGCUGUUUUCACCAUCGUCUUCACACAGAAGAAACACGAUAGUGAGACAGACCUCUCCACAGAAAAGGUCAGUAAAAUUAGUCUGGUAGACUUGGCGGGUAGCGAACGAGCAGAUUCCACUGGAGCUACAGGCACCAGGCUAAAGGAGGGAGCAAACAUCAACAAAUCUCUCACCACGUUAGGGAAGGUAAUCUCUGCCUUGGCUGAAGUGGAUAACUGUACCACCAAGAGCAAGAAGAAGAAGAAGAGUGACUUCAUCCCUUACAGAGACUCUGUUCUGACAUGGCUGCUGAGGGAGAAUCUGGGUGGAAACUCCAGAACAGCUAUGGUAGCCGCCCUCAGUCCUGCAGAUAUCAACUAUGACGAAACUCUCAGCACACUCCGCUAUGCCGACCGAGCCAAGAACAUCAAGUGCAAUGCUGUCAUCAAUGAGGAUCCCAACAACAAGCUGGUGCGUGAUCUGAAGGAUGAAGUGACUCGACUGAAGGAGCUGCUCCGCGCCCAGGGCCUGGGAGACAUCCUGGACAUUGAUCCUAUGGGGGAUGAUUGCCCGGGAAGUGGAAUCAAAUCCCCUAUUGGUUCCCUGACAGCCUCUCCAUCCUCUGGCUCACUGUGCGGCCAGGGGGGCCUGCAGUCGGUCACCAGCAUCCAGGAGCGCAUCAUGUCCACACCUGGAGGAGAGGAAGCCAUUGAAAGACUGAAGGAAUCGGAGAAGAUCAUUGCAGAGCUCAAUGAAACCUGGGAAGAGAAACUGAGAAAGACUGAGGCGAUCCGCAUGGAGAGGGAGGCCCUGCUUGCAGAGAUGGGUGUUGCAAUCCGCGAAGAUGGAGGCACUCUGGGUGUCUUCUCUCCUAAAAAGACUCCACAUCUGGUUAACCUGAACGAGGAUCCUCUCAUGUCAGAGUGUCUGCUCUACUACAUCAAAGAUGGAAUUACAAGGGUGGGUCAGGCCGACACUGAUAGACGACAGGACAUUGUUUUAAGUGGUGCUCAUAUCAAGGAAGAGCACUGCAUCUUCCGCAGCGAGAGGAAUGCCAAUGGAAAUGUUGUCGUCAUGCUGGUACCCUGUGAGGGAUCGGAAACCUACGUCAACGGCAAGCGUGUUGUAAAUGCAAUCCAGCUUCGUUCAGGUAACCGUAUCAUUAUGGGAAAGAACCAUGUGUUCCGGUUCAACCACCCAGAACAGGCCAGAGCUGAGAGGGAGAAGACACCAUCUGCUGAAACCCCAGUGGAGCCUGUGGAUUGGACCUUUGCUCAGAGAGAACUUCUCGAAAAACAGGGCAUUGACAUGAAGCAGGAAAUGGAGAAAAGGCUCACUGAGAUGGAGAUCUUGUACAAGAAGGAGAAGGAAGAAGCAGACCAACUUCUGGAGCAACAGCGACUGGUUUACGAGAGCAAAUUGCAAGAGCUUCAGAAACAGGUGGAGACACGUUCCCUCGUCGCCGAGACACCAGAUGAGGAGGAGCUGGAGGAGGAGGAGGAAGAGGAAGAGCCUAAACUCUUUGGAUUGCCGUGGACUCAGCAUGAGUUUGAGCUGGCACAAUGGUCUUUUAGGAAGUGGAGGUAUCAUCAGUUCACCUCCCUCCGUGAUCAACUGUGGGGAAGUGCUGUCUACCUGAAGGAGGCCAACGCCAUCAGUGUGGAGCUAAAGAAGAAAGUCCAGUUCCAGUUCGUCUUGCUGACAGACACUCUGUACUCGCCGCUGCCCCCUGAGCUCCUGCCUCCAGAACCGGAGAAAGAGCGUGACUCCAGGCCUUUCCCCCGCACCGUGGUGGCUGUCGAGGUUCAGGACCUUAAGAACGGAGCCACGCACUACUGGUCCCUUGACAAACUCAAACAGAGACUGGAGCAGAUGAGAGAGAUGUAUGACCGCGCUGGCGAAAUGGCCACCACUCCCCAGGAAGACGGCGAGGGCUCUUUGACAGGAAAUGACCCCUUCUAUGAUCGUUUCCACUGGUUUAAACUAGUGGGGAGCUCCCCCAUCUUCCACGGCUGCGUCAACGAGCACCUGGCCGACCGCACGCCCUCUCCCACCUUCUCCACCACCGACUCCGAGAUCACCGAGAUGGCUGAUGAGCGUCAGAGCGAGAUGUCUGACCUGAUCGAUGACGAGGCGUUCGUGGACGACACCAGCUCAGAUGCGGGCACCGAGGAGGGCUCGGACAUCUUCAGCGACGGCCAGGACCCCUUCUACGACCGCUCCCCCUGGUUCAUCCUGGUGGGAAGAGCUUUCGUGUACCUGAGCAACCUGCUCUACCCUGUACCACUGGUUCACCGUGUUGCCAUAGUAACAGAGAAGGGCGCGGUGCGUGGUUUCCUGCGCGUGGGGGUCCAGGCUAUAGCUGCUGACGAGGAGGCUCCAGACUACGGUUCAGGAGUUAGACAGUCAGGAACCGCCAAGAUUUCUUUUGAUGAUGAGUACUUCAAGAAGAAUGACUUUACCUCCACGGUUAUGACUCACUCCGGCUUGUCACUAGAAGAGCUGCGGUUUGUGGAGGGUCAGGGUCAGAGUUCAGAGAUCAUCACCCCCUCAGAGGAGCUCAACAGAAUCAACGACAUGGACCUCAAGCUGGAAAACCUUUCAGAGACCAAGCUGAACCUCAGUGACGGUGAGGUGGGCCAGCUGGAGGUGGGCAGCAUCUUUACCUUCCGUGUCACCGUGCUCCAGGCCAGUGGCAUCCUGCCGGAGUAUGCCGACAUCUUCUGCCAAUUCAAUUUCCUGCAUCGUCAUGAUGAGGCUUUUUCCACUGAGCCCCUAAAGAACAGCGGCAAAGGAGCUCCUCUGGGCUUUUAUCACGUCCAGAAUAUUUCAGUGGAGGUCACAGAGUCCUUUAUCGAGUACAUCAAGACCAAGCCCAUUGUGUUUGAAGUGUUUGGUCACUACCAGCAGCACCCACUGCAUCUGCACGGCCAGGACCUGAUCAGUCCUCCAACACCCUCAAGGAAAUACUAUCCUAUUCCCAUGCCUCUGUCUAGACCAGUUCCAGCCACCAAGUUGAACACCUUCACCAAGUCCAACCUGGGCCAGUGCGUCAGCAAGUACGACCUGCUGGUGUGGUUUGAGAUCAGCGAGCUGGAGCCCACUGGAGAGUACAUCCCAGCUGUUGUGGAUCACAGUGGAGGACUGCCCUGCCACGGUACCUACCUGCUGCACCAGGGGAUCCAGCGGAGGAUCACAGUCACACUCAUCCAUGAGAAGGGCAGCGAGCUCCACUGGAAGGACGUCCGUGAGCUGGUCGUGGGACACCAGAGAACAGCUCCCGUGCCUCCAGUCCCUCCUGCUCAGACUAUGAAAACUUCCCGAUGGUUCCCACACUGGAGUCCUCGUACUUAGCACGGGCUGGAAAGAACGAGUUCCUCAACUUGGAGCCUGAUAUUGAAGAAAUGAGGCCAGGGUCUGUUGUUUCCAAGAAGGGAUUCCUGAGCUUCAUGGAGCCACGCUCCAACUCAUGGGUGAAGCACUUUGUGGUUGUGCGCCGACCCUACGUCUUCAUCUACAACAGCGACAAAGACCCGGUGGAGCGGGGCGUCCUCAACCUCUCAACAGCACAGGUGGAAUACAGUGAGGACCAGCAGGCCAUGCUCAAGACUCCAAACACGUUUGCUGUGUGCACAAAACACAGAGGAAUCCUGCUGCAGGCCAACAACGAGAAAGACAUGAACGACUGGCUGUACGCCUUUAAUCCUCUGCUAGCAGGGACGAUAAGAGCUGACAUCGCACUGAUCGGCCUGGCUGUCAUGGGCCAGAACCUCAUCAUGAACAUGAACGAUCACGGCUUUGUGGUCUGCGCCUACAACCGAACCGUGUCCAAGGUGCACGACUUCCUGAAGAACGAGGCCAAAGGCUCCAAGGUGAUCGGGGCCGAGUCUCUGGAGGACAUGGUGUCCAAGCUGAAGAAGCCCAGGAGGAUCAUCAUGCUGGUCAAGGCAGGACAGGCUGUUGAUGACUUUAUCGACAAACUGGUUCCUCUCCUGGAGGCAGGCGAUAUCAUCAUCGACGGUGGCAACUCUGAAUACACGGACACUACACGGCGGUGUAAGAGUCUGAAAGAGAAGAACUUGCUGUUUGUCGGUAGUGGAGUCAGUGGUGGAGAGGAAGGGGCACGUUAUGGACCCUCCCUCAUGCCAGGAGGACACAAAGAGGCCUGGCCACACAUAAAAGACAUCUUCCAGAGCAUCGCUGCCAAGGUUGGAACAGGGGAGCCUUGUUGUGACUGGGUGAGUGGAAAUAUGCAUAAUAAUUGUUUGACUAGAGUUGUAAGAAUGUGGAGCAGCUAUUGCCAUGGUGUCAUCUGGCAUGCAUUUCUGACCGGCUUGCUUCUGCAGGUUGGAGAUGACGGUGCAGGUCAUUUUGUGAAAAUGGUCCACAACGGCAUCGAGUACGGUGACAUGCAGCUGAUUUGUGAGGCCUAUCAUCUCAUGAAGGAUGUUCUGGGUAUGAACCAUGAUGAGAUGGCAGAGGCUUUCACCAGCUGGAACAAGACGGAGUUGGACUCCUUCCUGAUCGAGAUCACGGCCAACAUCCUCAAAUACAGGGACACUGAUGGCACACCUCUGCUGCCCAAGAUCCGCGACAGUGCCGGACAGAAAGGAACAGGGAAGUGGACGGCAAUUUCCGCCCUGGAAUACGGCACACCUGUCACUCUGAUCGGGGAGGCUGUCUUUGCCAGAUGCCUGUCCUCUCUAAAGGAUGAGCGAGUGGAGGCCAGCAGCAGACUCUCAGGUCCGCAGGGGGUCAAAUUCAGCGGCGACAAGAAGGCCUUCCUGGAAGACAUCAGAAAGGCUCUUUACGCUUCCAAGAUCAUAUCCUACGCACAGGGCUUCAUGCUGCUGCGGCAGGCAGCCAAAGAGUUUGGCUGGACCCUGAACUACGGUGGGAUCGCUCUGAUGUGGAGAGGAGGCUGCAUCAUCCGAAGUGUCUUCCUGGGUAAAAUCAAAGAGGCGUUUGACAGGGACACCAAGCUGCAGAAUCUGCUGCUGGACAACUUCUUCAAAGAUGCUGUGAAGGAGUGUCAGGAGUCGUGGCGCAGAACGGUCAGCACUGGGGUCCAGCACGGUAUCCCCAUGCCCUGCUUCACCACCGCUCUGUCCUUCUAUGACGGCUACAGACAUGAGAUGCUGCCAGCAAACCUCCUCCAGGCCCAGAGGGAUUACUUUGGAGCUCACACGUAUGAGCUGCUCUCAAAACCCGGCAGUUUCAUCCACACUAACUGGACGGGUCACGGUGGAAACGUCUCCUCUUCCUCCUACAAUGCUUAAGGACCCCACUCCCAUCACUCAAAAACACAGAGAAGACGACUGAGGUCAGCUGUGGGAGAAGACGACAUGUUACACAUUCCAACCUUCAAUUUUAUAAAAACCAUGCCUGAGUAUUCCAGACCUCAUCACCCAACUAUCACCUUCAUCCAACUUUUUACUCCCUCAACGACAUGUUGCAGUUUUAUUUAUGAAGAGAGGAAAUCAUCGGUCUGUGUGUUGUAAACUCUGUCACUGUGUAUGUAGCAACUCAGUCACAAGGCUGAUGUUCAGCAUAUUGUCAUGUUGGGCCCAGGGUUCACCGUGUUAACACUGGAUUAAGGUGAACCGUUGCACUGUACUGUAUUAGGCUAAAUAAAGAUUUCAAUCCCUUUA